AUGAUGAUGAUGAUGAUGAUGAUGAUGAUGAUGAUGAUGAUGAUGAUGAUGAUGAUGAUGAUGAUGAUGAUGAGGAUGAUGAUGAUGAUGAUGAUGAUGAUGAUGAUGAUGAUGAUGAUGAUGAUGAUGAUGAUGAUGAUGAUGAUGAUGAUGAUGAUGAUGAUGAUGAUGAUGAUGAUGAUGAUGAUGAUGAUGAUGAUGAUGAUGAUGAUGAUGAUGAUGAUGAUGAUGAUGAUGAUGAUGAUGAUGAUGAUGAUGAUGAUGAUGAUGAUGAUGAUGAUGAUGAUGAUGAUGAUGAUGAUGAUGAUGAUGAUGAUGAUGAUGAUGAUGAUGAUGAUGAUGAUGAUGAUGAUGAUGAUGAUGAUGAUGAUGAUGAUGAUGAUGAUGAUGAUGAUGAUGAUGAUGAUGAUGAUGAUGAUGAUGAUGAUGAUGAUGAUGAUGAUGAUGAUGAUGAUGAUGAUGAUGAUGAUGAUGAUGAUGAUGAUGAUGAUGAUGAUGAUGAUGAUGAUGAUGAUGAUGAUGAUGAUGAUGAUGAUGAUGAUGAUGAUGAUGAUGAUGAUGAUGAUGAUGAUGAUGAUGAUGAUGAUGAUGAUGAUGAUGAUGAUGAUGAUGAUGAUGAUGAUGAUGAUGAUGAUGAUGAUGAUGAUGAUGAUGAUGAUGAUGAUGAUGAUGAUGAUGAUGAUGAUGAUGAUGAUGAUGAUGAUGAUGAUGAUGAUGAUGAUGAUGAUGAUGAUGAUGAUGAUGAUGAUGAUGAUGAUGAUGAUGAUGAUGAUGAUGAUGAUGAUGAUGAUGAUGAUGAUGAUGAUGAUGAUGAUGAUGAUGAUGAUGAUGAUGAUGAUGAUGAUGAUGAUGAUGAUGAUGAUGAUGAUGAUGAUGAUGAUGAUGAUGAUGAUGAUGAUGAUGAUGAUGAUGAUGAUGAUGAUGAUGAUGAUGAUGAUGAUGAUGAUGAUGAUGAUGAUGAUGAUGAUGAUGAUGAUGAUGAUGAUGAUGAUGAUGAUGAUGAUGAUGAUGAUGAUGAUGAUGAUGAUGAUGAUGAUGAUGAUGAUGAUGAUGAUGAUGAUGAUGGAUGA